UCGGAGCAUUCGUUUUGCUUUAAUCACCAGAAUCCAUUGGCUUCCAACAUGAAGGUGAAUCAGAAAAAGCGUCUAAAGGAACGAGAAAAGAUGGAGCUGAAGGAAAUAAAACGACAGAAACGCCAACAAAAUCUGUUAAAUCGUGUCAAAGAGCAGUUCGAGGAAAUAGAGCAAGAAAAGCAAGCGGCCUUGGACGAUGUGCCGGUACCGGUGGUGUCCGAAGACCAGCGUGUAUCGACGGUCAGCAUUGCCGUGCCGGGAUCAAUAAUGGAAAAUGCUCAAUCCCCAGAACUCCGAACAUACCUCGCAGGGCAGAUUGCACGAGCGGCGUGUGUUUUCCAGGUCGAUGAAGUCAUUGUAUUUGAUGACUGUGCGCCGCAUAACCAAGGCACGGAUCGAAUGGCAUCAAUAGAAACGUCGGAAGGUGCGACCUCGGCGAGACGUUGCUGCAUUCAACUGGCCCGCAUUCUGCAAUAUCUGGAGUGUCCGCAGUACCUGCGGAAGUACUUCUUCCCCAUACACAAUGACCUGAAGUAUUGCGGUCUGCUCAAUCCACUCGACUCGCAGCACCAUCUACGGCAGCUGAGUGAGUUUGUGUUCCGCGAGGGCAUCGUGACCAACAAACCGGUCAAGAUGGGCAAAGGUUCCUUCGUGAACGUUGGUCUGCUGAACGACGUGCGGGUCGAUGAUGUGCUGGAACCGAAUGUGCGAGUGACAGUAAAGCUUCCGGAGGGAGCCGAGUUGAAAUCGAGAAAGUUACGCGCAAAAGUGGUGCCACCAUCGCAGCCCCGUCAAGAGACGGGUAUCUACUGGGGAUAUACGGUGCGGAUCGCCAACUCACUGUCCCAAGUGUUCACCAAAAGCCCGUACAAAGGAGGCUACGAUUUGACCAUCGGUACGUCAGACCGUGGAACCAAUGUGCACGAGUUGGAGGCGAAAAGUCUCUCCUAUCGACACGCCUUGGUUGUCUUCGGAGGUGUACUUGGUCUGGAGCCGGCACUGGAAAGUGAUACCAAGUUGACGGUCGAUUCGGUGGAGGAUUUGUUUGAUGAAUAUCUAAAUACCGUUCCUGGACAAGGUUCCCGAACUGUGAGAACGGAGGAAGCCAUAUUGAUAUCGAUGGCAGCACUGGGUGGAAAGCUGCAUCCGGUUAACGCUCCAAAACCGUUCGCCUGUUUCGAUGCUAUCCCGCAGAGUAAAGAUACCGGGAUACAACAGUAUGCCUUCAAUGACGUACGGACAAAACCUAAAAAAACACCCAAAACCAGCGUUCCCGAUGCCCUGCCGGUAGUAAACGUAGUGGACGACUAUAUGUCGCGCUUUGACUAGAUCCAUUUUUUGCUUCAAAUAAACAUUUAUUACAUUCUACUCCUCCGUUGCUCCAUUAUUGAUAGCAGCGACCUGGUUGCGAAUUUGUACUACGACCUCCGAAAGCGCCUGUGGGUGAACGCCGGCCUCUAGCAGUUUGAUGCAA